AUGAAGUCCGGUUCAGGAACAGACCACAACCAAGAGCACGGGCAACGCCAGGACUCCAAGAACGCCGCCACUCCCUCCUCCGAUGGCGGCGCCGAGGCCUCCUCGCCGUCGCGUCUCCCUGCAGCGCCCGUCGGCCGACCCCAGGAGCGUGUCCGCCAGCAGGCCGGAGGCGGAAGCCGCGGCGCCCAUGGAUCGAGCUCCGCCGCGGUGGGGGUCGACCAGAAGGGCAAGGGCCCCGCCGCCAUUCCCCUACCGGAACCUCCCGCUCCAAGCUCCGCGGGAAGCAGCCCGUCCACCCCCUCCCUCGACAGCGGCUGGCCAUUCGGAGCCGGGACGGUAAGCUCCGCGACCAUCGACUGCAAGGAAGUGUUCGACCGGCUGGUACGAGCGCAGGCGGCUAUCAACGAGGCCGGUAGGGGGAUGGCGGAGGAGGGGGACAAGAAGAAGAAGAAGCCGGAGGAGGCGGAACAGGCGGAAUCGUCGCACCACAAGAAGGCGCUCUGGAGCAAGCUUAGGAACUAUUUCACCCGCGAGGUUGUUGAUAGAGAAAAAUGGGAAAUGUAUGAGGAACAUGUGGGUCACCAGACAAAUCCUAUCGCUGAAGUCUUUGAUUAUUAUCGUGUUCCCGAUGAUAUGGCUAUUUGUGUGAAUCUUGAUGCCUAUUUGAGAUUCAGACCGGUGUAUGGAGAUGGGGAGUGUUUCUACAGGAGCUUCAUAUUUUCCUACCUUGAGCAAGUUCUUGAUAGGCAGGACACACAUGAGGAACACCGCCUCCUUGAUACCAUUAAAAGAGUGUCUACGCAACAUACAAAUCUUGGAUGGACCUCCUCUGGGUUUCGCAGGAGCUACAAAGAGAUGCACAACUGUUUAACAGUAGUGGCAUGCCAUCACAGUUUUACACACUGUUGGCAUAAACUCAAAUUCGAAGUUUACUGUAAAGUUAACAAGCCAAUUCUAACAAAAAUGAACCUUAAGAGAAAUCUACUUCCAGAGGAACAAUGAGACAAUAUAACAGGGAGGAAUAGAAUUGUAUGCUUGUUUCAUUUGAAAAGAAACGAUGCACAUGUGCUGCUUCUUAUGG